UGGGAUGUUAGCCUUGGGGACAGUAAUGGCUGUAGAGGCCCCCUAGCAGUGGAAAAGCCCGGACUAGGUGGGCAUAUGUGUGGUGACAGAUGAAGGCAGGAGGCAGAGUAAGAUAGAGAAGGUGAAACCAGUGUGUGGUAUGUAUGACUCAGCUCCUACAGGGCUUCUCCCCGAUUUUCAGCCAGUUCCCCAAAAAAAGUCCCUGUGCUGUCAGCCUCGCUCUCUCAGUGGCUCUGACUGUGGUCAUUUCUUCUUCAUACAGGACAAAUACCCAGACAUAGUACACCUCCCAGAAGGGUCCUGUUCCCACUGCUUGGGGAUCUGCAGUGCUCGCCACCCAGGGUUUGAACUGGUGAUUGUUUGGAGGAUACAAAUAGAUGAAGAAGGGAAGGUUUUACCAAAGCUGGAUCUUCUCACAAAAAUUCCUCAGCGAGCCUUACAGCUGGACAAGAAUGGAGUCAUAGAAAAUGCUCCUCUGAGCUUCCGGACCCUGCUAGGAGUGCUUGGAAUUGAAGCUGCUGUUGAAAGCCUGAUAAGAUUGCUCCAUGCAAGGAAUGAGUAGCUCCCAAAGGGUGGACGUGAGGAUAAGAGGCGUACAAGAGCAGUCCGCCUUAAUCUUUUCCAUGUAGAAGCCACACUCUCAAGAAAUGCCUCCUGUGUAUUUCAGCAUAUUAGACUCGAUGUGAAAAGCACAGCUAUUUAAUGUCCAAUAAAAGUGACAGCUACAAAAUGUCAGCAAUGACACGGAUAGGUUGUUUUUGUAAGGUAAGUUUAACAUUUGAGUGGCUACUGGCCCUUGGAUAGGUACAGAGGAGCUGGACCAGCCCCUCCACCAUACGUAGUCACACUGAUAGGUCACACAGGCCAGCAGAGAGGGACCCCACCUGGCUCCUGCUCCGGGCCUCUUGGAGGCAGGCAUGUGUGCAGCUCCA